AUGGCUAAGCUUUUUAUCGGCGGCCUCGCAUGGCACACUGAAGAGGCCACUCUGCGCCAAAAGUUUGAAGAGUUUGGCGCCGUUGAAGAAGCGGUCGUGGUCAAGGAUCGAGACACUGGACGAAGCCGCGGCUUCGGCUUUGUUCGGUACAACCAGGAAGCGGAUGCCCAGAGUGCCAUCGCUGCGAUGAACAAUGUCGAGUUUGACGGCCGAACGAUUCGAGUCGACAAGGCUUCCGACAAUGGGCCCCGUGGCGGAGGAGGCUUCGGACGCGGUGGUCACGGCGGCUACGGGCGCGGUGGCUACGGCGGCGGCCCUCCCCAGUACGGCGGCCCUCCUCAGGGUGGCGGAUAUCCCAUGGGCCAGCCCAACGUCUAUCCUCCUGUCGCUUACGGUCGCGGGUACCCGGCUGCACCCCAGGGUUAUGCGCCGCCUCCUCAAGGAUACGGCGCUCCCCAGUAUGCCUACCCUGACCCGGCCCUGCAGCAGCAGCAGCAGCAACAGCAGCCGCAGCAGCCGCCUCCCCAGGGUGGACAAGGCUAUUAA